CUUUUAUUUAAAGAAUUUAAAUAAUAUUUCGAUAAUUACUUUCCUUUAUGUUUAAUCAUAUUGAUUGAAAUCAAGAUUAUUUAUGUUGUUGACAUAAUAUAAGCUUCAUAAGUUUGGGCGGAUUUUGGAUUUUAAUUAACGAAGUUGAAUAUAUCCAUAAUGAAAAAGGCAGAAAAAUUUUAUUAUUCGAGUGACACCUCGCCUAGAAAAUGUAGUGUUGCUAGUAAUAGCACAAACAGUCCCCAAGAUGAAUGUUUCAAAAUGAAAAAACAUUCCGAACGCUGUCUGCACAUUAUGGAGCAAUAUUUGUAUAAUCAGCAAUUAACCGAUGUAGUUCUUGUGGCGGGGAAAACACGUAUUCCAGCUCAUAGAUUGGUACUGAGUGCUAAUUGCGAGUACUUUGCAGCUAUGUUUACCAACACUCUUCGCGAGACAUUGCAGAAUGAAAUUGAAUUGAAAGAGGUCAAUGGAGAUGCUCUUUGGAUUUUAAUACUUUAUUUUUAUACUGGAACCAUCGAUCUAAUGGAGGACAAUAUUGAAACAUUAUUAGCAACCGCAUCUUUAUUGCAACUAGAUUACGUAGUCAAAGCUUGCUGCCAAUUUUUGAUCAAACAACUGGAUCCCAGUAAUUGUUUAGGAAUAAGAAAAUUUGCCGACAUUCAUGGUUGUUCAAAUUUAUUGAAGACCGCCAAUACUUACAGUAAUGACCAUUUUAUGGAAGUGAUAAAACAUCAAGAAUUUCUUUUAUUAUCUGCCGAAGAUGUGGCAACUUUACUUCAAUCAGACGAUCUCAACGUUACUUCAGAAGAAUCUGUAUUUAAUGCUUUAUUAAGGUGGCUAGAGCAUGAUCCAAAAAAUAGAAAACAAGAAGCAAGUAAUUUAUUGACUUUUGUAAAGCUGCCUUUGUUAUCCCCUGCAUUUUUAACCGAUCAUGUAGAAAAUAAUGAAAUGUUUCAAGAACAAAGAAAUACACAGAUCCUAAUUAUGGAAGCUUUAAAGUAUCAUCUUCUUCCGGAACGCCGUCCUAUGCUGCAAUCUAAUCGUACCAGACCUAGGAAAGCAACUGUGGGUCAAUUGUUGGCAGUAGGAGGCAUGAAUGUUAAUAAAUGCGCAACAACGAUCGAUGUCUUUUCAUUGCGUAAAAAUACAUGGAAGACUCUAACUAACAUGAUUGGUCAACGUUUGCAGUUUGGAGCAGCGGUUGUAGAAAAAAAACUAGUGGUUGCAGGAGGACGGGAUGGAUUAAAAACAUUAAAUUUAGUCGAAUGUUUUGAUUUUGAGAAAAAAACAUGGAGUUUAUUACCGCAUAUGGCUACGCCACGCCAUGGAUUAGGUGUAGCGGUAUUGGAAGGUCCGUUGUACGCUGUUGGGGGACACGAUGGCUGGAGUUUUCUUAAUACAGUCGAAAGAUGGGACCCUACGUCACAUCAAUGGACUUACGUUUCUCCAAUGUGUUAUCAACGAUCUACCGUUGGUGUUGCUGUUUUAAACGAUAAGCUUUAUGCAGUCGGCGGACGAGAUAACAGUUGUUGCUUAAGUUCAGUGGAGUGCUACGACCCUCAUUCGAAUAAAUGGACGUCGUGUGCACCAAUGUCUAGACGACGUGGUGGUGUAGGUGUCGGUGUAAUGAACGGAUGUUUGUAUGCUCUUGGAGGUCAUGAUGCACCGCUAAUUAAUCCGCAUAAUAUAUUUGAUUGCGUCGAAAGAUACGACCCAAAGACAGACACUUGGACAACCGUAGCGCCAAUGAGUAGUGCUAGAGAUACUAUAGGAGUUUGUGUUUUAGGCGAUAAAUUAUUAGCAGUUGGUGGCUACGAUGGACAGCAGUAUCUUAGUUUAGUGGAAGCGUACGAUCCAAUUCUUAACGAGUGGACUCAAAUUACUCCUUUAAAUUCUGGAAGAGCAGGACCUUGUGUAGUUAUAAAAAAUACGUUUAUUUCUUAACAAAUUAAGAAUCUUAUAUGAAAUUUCGUAUUUAUACAUGUUAUAAUUGCUAAUUUCUUAGUUAG